AUGCAUUACGUAUCAUUUGCGUUGUUGGCCUUGCCAUUCGCUAUCGGCUUGUCAAUAGGCAAGAGGUUCGACAAGCUGAUUGACUGUUUGGAACGGUCACUGUCACCCCACGAAUCCAUCGUGCUUCCUGGUGACCUAGGAUUUUCUAACGACACCGUUCGAUUUUCGACACUAAACGCCCCUACGUUCAGGGCUGUCUCGAGGGUUUCCAACGAGCAUGAUAUCAGAGUCUCGAUUAAUUGCGCGAGGCUGACCGCGACACACUUCCUGGUUACCGGUACCGGCCAUGGAACAUAUUCGGGCUUUGGUGAAUUGCAAAACGGGCUCGAGAUCUACAUCGGUAACCUCGAUGGCAUAAAGGUCGACCCGAAAGCGAAUGUCAUGACUAUCGGGAGUGCUACUCUGUUCAAGGACGUAAUCAGCUCUCUCUACAAUGUGGGGAAAAAUGUCCCUACCGGGAGUAGCCCCUGUGUUGGAAUGGUAGGCGCCACCUUAGGAGCUGGAAUUGGACGGCUCCAAGGUCUGUAUGGCCUUAUUUUAGACAGUCUACUCUCUGUGCGUAUCAUGCUACCCAACACGACGGUCGUUGAAGUCUCCCACCAUUCCAAUCCGGAGCUUUUCUGGGGUAUUCGUGGAGCCGGGUUCAACUUUGGCGUUAUUCUGAGCGCAACCUACCGCAUAUAUGAUGAAGUGCCCAACGGUCUGCAUUUCAGUGCCGAUUACGAGUUUCCCAUCUCCAGCGCAAAGCCUUUCUACCAGGCACUCAAAGAUGAAGCCGCGAACAUGCCUGCCCCGCUAUGUAUCACCACCUCUCUGACUUGGAAUUCAUCUCACAACGCGCCGACACUCAAAGUCAACGCGGCGUACGCGGGGCCAGAGUCUGAAGGCCGCGUUGCGGUGCAAUUCCUUGACAACAUCGGACCUACGCUCCGCCGGAACUAUACCACAGUACCAUGGGACCAACUACUAUCCUACACACUAUUCUCGGGUGGGGAUGAGUCUGUUUUAGAGUGUAGAGUAUCCUCUGGCAAGCGGGAAGUCUUGAGCGCUGCAUUCAACGAGGUUGACGUGGAUGCACAUGUCAGCAUGACAGAACAGUUCAACGACAUGGUCACCAGAUAUCCACAGAUGAGGGCGAGCGACAACGGUUUAUAUUUCUGCGCUACGCAAGUCGUCAGGCGAUAUCCUAAAAAGUCUACGGCUUACCCAUGGAGACAGGCCAUUGGGCACUACACUUGGGGCAUUGUCUACGAUGAUGACAGCAGUACGGAUGCCACCAUCGAUAACCUCCCAAAAAGGAUGCGUGCGACGAUUUCCCGAACCGCAGGCACGGACGGUUUGAACACGUAUGUCGGGUUCUCGAACGGGGAUGAGCCGCUUCGGGCGUUGUUCUCACAAGAGAACCUGUCUCGGCUGGCUGCCCUGAAGAAGGUCUAUGAUCCGCGAGGUCUCUUUAACGCCUACCAUCCACUUCCAACAUUCUACCCUUGA